UACACGGAUGGAGAUAGGGAACCCUCCCCAUCCCGACUUGACACGGUCCUAUUGCCAAUCCUAAGUUGUUCCGGAGAGAAAGGAGGAGGAAAAAAAAAAAAACUGCCGAAGUCCCAACUCCAAUCCAACGCGUUUCCCACUCUUCUAAACGGCAGAAACAGACCUCGCAAAAAUUUCCAACACUCAAAAUUCCAAAUCAAUAGAUCCGAUACUUCAAUUCUAUGCCCUUCGAUGGAAUUAAACUGGAAAUAACAGAAUGAAAGAUCUCCAUGUUCUUUACAAGCCAAGGCUCGCUUUUUUCAGCUCAAUGUCUUCAUCAUCAUCUCCGAUUUCAUCUCUUGAAACCCAUUUCAUUGAUCUAAUUCAUGCUUCCAAUUCGACCCACAACCUCCAUCAGAUCCAUGGUCAACUCUACCGCUGCAACAUCUUCUCCAGCAGCCGGGUUGUGACCCAGUUCAUCUCUUCGUGUUCUUUGCUAAAUUCUGUCGACUAUGCCGUCUCCAUCUUUCAACGGUUCAAGUUGAAGAACAGUUUCCUUUUUAAUGCGUUGAUUCGAGGACUCGCCGAAAAUUUCAGGUUUGAGAGCUCAAUUUCUUACUUUGUUUUAAUGCUGAAGUGGAAAAUUAGCCCUGAUAGGCUUACUUUUCCGUUUGUGCUCAAAUCAGCGGCGGCUCUUUCCAAUGGUGGCGUUGGGAGGGCUUUGCAUUGUGGGGUUUUGAAGUUUGGUCUUCAGUUUGAUUCUUUUGUGAGGGUUUCGUUGGUGGAUAUGUACGUGAAAGUUGAGGAGUUAGGUUCUGCCUUGAAGGUGUUUGAUGAAAGUCCAGACAGUGUAAAGAAUGGAAGUGUGUUGAUUUGGAAUGUUCUUAUUAAUGGAUAUUGUAGAGUGGGGGAUUUAGUAAAAGCUACGGAGCUAUUCAAGUCAAUGCCGAAGAAGGAUACCGGAUCUUGGAAUAGUUUGAUCAAUGGUUUCAUGAGAAAGGGGGACUUGGGUCAAGCAAAGGAACUGUUUGAGAAAAUGCCUGGAAAAAAUGUUGUUUCUUGGACUACAAUGGUGAAUGGAUUUUCACAGAAUGGAGACCCUGAAAAGGCACUGGAAACUUUCUUUCAUAUGCUUGAAGAAGGCGUGCGGCCAAAUGUUUACACAAUUGUCUCUGCACUUUCAGCUUGUGCAAAAGUUGGUGCCUUAGAUGCUGGUCUAAGGAUCCAUAGUUAUCUUUCAGGCAAUGGUUUCAAAUUAAAUCUAAUAAUUGGAACUGCACUUGUGGAUAUGUAUGCAAAAUGUGGAAAUAUUGAGUCUGCAGGAGAAGUGUUCCAUGAAAUGAAGGAAAAGGGUCUUCUUAUUUGGAGUGUUAUGAUCUGGGGCUGGGCUAUCCAUGGAUAUUUUAAGAAAGCUUUACAAUACUUUGAAUGGAUGAAGUCUACAGGAACAAAGCCAGAUGGUGUGGUCUUUCUUGCUGUUCUUACUGCAUGCUCCCAUUCUGGACAAGUAAACGAUGGACUUAAGUUUUUCGACAGUAUGAGACAUGACUACUUGAUUGAGCCUUCUAUGAAGCAUUAUACACUGGUUGUAGACAUGCUAGGCCGGGCUGGUAGACUAAAUGAAGCUCUAAAGUUCAUAUGUGACAUGCCCAUAAAUCCGGAUUUUGUGGUGUGGGGUGCUCUAUUUUGUGCUUGUAGGACUCAUAAGAACAUUGAAAUGGCAGAACUAGCAUCCAAAAAGCUUCUUCAGCUUGAACCGAAGCAUCCGGGGAGUUACGUGUUUUUGUCAAACGCAUAUGCUGCAGUAGGGAGAUGGGAAGAUGCAGAGAGAGUGCGAGUUUCUAUGCAAAAUCGUGGUGCAAAAAAAGAUCCAGGAUGGAGCUUUAUUGAAGUGGAUGAUAAAUUACAUAGAUUUGUUUCUGGUGAUAACACUCAUAACCGUGCUGUAGAGAUAUACUCAAAAUUAGAUAAGAUAAGUGUAGGUGCUAGAGAAAAGGGCUACACAAAAGAAAUUGAAUGUGUACUUCAUAAUAUUGAAGAGGAAGAAAAGGAAGAAGCAUUGGGAUAUCAUAGUGAGAAGUUGGCACUUGCUUUCGGGCUUGUUAGUACGGGCCCCGGAACGACCAUUAGGAUUGUGAAAAACCUUAGAGUCUGUGUGGAUUGUCAUUCUUUCAUGAAAUAUGCCAGUAAAAUGAGUAAGAGAGAGAUCAUUUUGCGGGAUAUGAAGCGAUUCCAUCAUUUUAAAGAUGGUGUUUGUUCAUGUGGAGAUUAUUGGUAGAAAGUUUGUUGAUCUGAGAGAGUGGAAGUACUGAAGCUUCCAAGAACAGAUCCAAACGAACGAAUGCAGCCUCUUGUAAUAAAGGUUUGAUGGUUUCUGAUAAUUAAACAUCCCUUAAAUGAUCCAAGUUCUUGACUGCUGAUAUGAUUCUAUGCACAUCUCAUUUUGGUCUCAAGGCUGGUGAAUCCCAUUGUCUGCAGUUUCACAAAGAAAAAAGUUGGGUUAAAUUUAAAUUUUGGUUCCUAUAGUUUGGAGAGUUAGAAUUUAAUAUAGAAUUUAGGUCGUAUAGUUUGGUAAAAUCCUCAUAAGAGUUCCUAUAUGAGUAUUUUAUCAAAUCAUAGGGAUUAAAUUCUGACUAGAAAUUUGCAAUUUAACCAAAAAGUUGCCUUGGAGAUGCUAAGAAAAGAAAGAAAGGAUUGGCAUUGUUAUUUGUUGAAAAAUAGAAUAUUUGCCUUAGGGGCAUUUUUGUCUUUUCAUGUGUUUCCUGGGGUUUCAUCUUUUCUAUUUAAACUGUAGCCUCUGGCCAUUACUUUGUAAUAUAUUAUUAUAAUAAAAGCUCUCUGCAUCGUGGUUUUUUCUC